AUGAAUUUUGUUACACCUAAAAAACGUCAAGAAUGGUUGGUUCAUGCAGAAGAUUAUACUGAUAUUUUUCUUCAACGAACGAAAUAUAUAUUACCACAUUUAGCUCGUUUAUGUUUAAUAUCAACAUUUAUUGAAGAUGGUAUGCGUAUGUGGAUGCAAUGGGGUCAACAAAGAGAUUAUAUUAAAAAUACAUGGCAUGUUGGAUGGUUUAUUGGUACACUUUUUGUUAUAAUAAAUAUGUUUGGUCAAUUAAUACCAUGUGGAAUGAUUUUAAUAAGAAAAAAAACUGAUAUUGCAUGUGGAAUACUUUUUUUUAUAAUUGCAUUUCAAGCCAUGGCAUAUCAAGUUAUAUGGGAACUACGUUUUUUGCUUAGGUCAUUAUCUCUUGUUGGUGGUUUAAUGUUAUUAAUGGUUGAAAAUCGUAAAGAAGCUCGUAGUUUAUUUGCUGGUGUACCAACAAUACAUAAUAAUGCACCAAAAAAUUAUAUGCAAUUAGCUGGUCGUAUAUUACUUGUUAUUAUGUUUUUAACUAUAGUUCGUUUUGAAUUUACAUUUUUUUCAAUAAUCAAAAAUAUAAUUGGUGGUAUUUGUAUAUUAUGUGUUGCAAUUGGUUUUAAAACAAAAUUAUCAGCAUUAUUUCUUGUUAUAUUUUUAUCAAUUGCUAAUGUAUAUACAAAUAAUUUUUGGAGUGCACGUAAUAUUCGUGGUUUACAAGAUUUUUUAAAAUAUGAUUUUUUUCAAACAAUGUCGGUUAUUGGUGGUCUUUUAUAUGUUGUUGCACUUGGUCCUGGUGGAGUAUCAAUGGAUGCAAGAAAAAAAGAAUGGUAA